ACUCCCAGCUCGACAACCACUGCCACCCCCCCAGCUCGGCUGUCACCUGCCCUAGGAGACACAGCCGCCGGACUCUGCCCAGGGCACUCACACCUCGGCGACCACCAUGUCCCAGACCAAAAUGCUGAAGGUCCGCGUGACCCUCUUCUGCAUCCUGGCAGGCAUCGUGCUGGCCUUGACAGCCGUGGUAACUGACCACUGGGCUGUGCUGAGCCCCCACAUGGAGCACCACAACACUACCUGCGAGGCGGCCCACUUCGGCCUCUGGCGGAUUUGUACCAAGCGCAUCCCCAUGGAUGACAGCAAGACCUGCGGGCCCAUCACCCUGCCCGGGGAGAAGAACUGUUCCUACUUCAGGCAUUUUAACCCCGGCGAGAGCUCGGAGAUCUUUGAAUUCACCACUCAGAAGGAGUACAGCAUCUCGGCAGCCGCCAUCGCCAUCUUCAGCCUUGGCUUCAUCAUCCUGGGCAGCCUCUGUGUCCUUCUGUCCCUUGGGAAGAAGAGGGACUAUCUGCUGCGACCCGCGUCCAUGUUCUACGCCUUUGCAGGUCUCUGCAUCCUCGUCUCGGUGGAGGUCAUGCGGCAGUCGGUGAAGCGCAUGAUUGACAGUGAGGACACCGUCUGGAUCGAGUACUAUUACUCCUGGUCCUUUGCCUGCGCCUGUGCCGCCUUCGUCCUCCUCUUUCUUGGGGGUCUCGCCCUCCUGCUGUUCUCCCUGCCUCGAAUGCCCCGGAACCCAUGGGAGUCCUGCAUGGAUGCUGAGCCCGAGCACUAGCCCUCCUGCGGCCCUAGCGACCCUCAGGCUUCUUCCCCAGGAAGCCGGGUCUUGGCCUGGAACCUUCCAGAGAGGAGGCGGGAGCAAUUUUAGCUCCACUCUGCUCCCAUCUGCCCCCCUGCAACAGUCGCAGGCUGCUUCCUGUCUCUGAGCUCCUCUGGGCUGCCGCAGGCUCCCCUGGGAAUAGAGCAAGAGGACGCGAGUCCCAACCUGGCCACAGUUGGGGGAGGCAGAACGAGCAGGUGGACAGGUGUUUGCAGGGGCCCAACUUCCCCUGGGGCUCAGAGGUGUCCCCACUGUACCAGCCUCUGAUAAGCUGCCUCCAGUUGUCCUUUAUGAACAUUGCAGGGACAACCUGUGUUUGCCAGUUCUGGGUGUUCCGUGUAAAUAGCCAGCCUGUCUCUUUCUCGGUGAUAAAACACACCCUCUCUGGUGAGCCCAGCGUCCCCUCCUUGCUUCCAGGAGCCCUGGGAAGCAUUUUUAACUGGGUAGACUCUGACUGUGGCUUGAAAUAAAGAGCUCUCAGAAAA